UUUUGAAAAACAGGCGUUUUAGCAUACAAAAUAGUAACCUAAUUCAUAAAAGCAACCGCUUUGGGGUAAUUUUGGUGAGCUUCAAGCAAAAUGAUACGGUCUAAAGUCAUGUCCUAAAGUCAAGGUCACAACAGCAAGCACUACUAUUAUACACAAUGUUCUCAACCUGAUCAAUUUGUGUGUGUAAACUAAAAAUAAAAAAAUUCAAAUUCAAAUCACAGACAAAUCCUGUAAAAUUUCACAUUCACUGUGAUGGCAUUUUGUGCAAGUAUUGGCCGACCAAGAUGCCUUGUGGCUGAAAAGAUGGCAGUCGAACAUGAAUUCUGGCUUUAACUUAUACUGUCUCAUCUGAGCUAAAAGUAAAACAAUGCAAACAGACCUGCACAGUGAAAGUGUGAAACAUUAGGUCUGUGUUUUACUCGUGAAAAUACCACCACUACCUGACUAUCGAGCGCACAUGAAUAUAAGCCUGACCCAUUCAAGUUCUGAGGAAAAAGACUUUGUACAUGCAUAAACUGACUAAAAAUACAUAAUAUCACUUCUGAAGUUUUGAAAACAGAGUCCAGCAUCAAGACUGAUUAAUGAUGAAUGUAAACUCCACAGUGUUCUAAACAUGCACCAUGCCACCAAGAUGCUGAGACUCAUCACAUCAUAGCAAUGAAUUUACUAGUGUUUUUGCCCGUUUGUAUUCCUGGCACCUACUGCCAGCACACAGGCAAAAAGACGACAUUGUAUUAAACAAUUUAUUGUCAAUUUAAAAAGAAAGUAUUUCAUUUGUCUCAUGUGAUGAGGGUCUGUGUCAUGGAAGAUCAUUUCAACUCAAAAAUCCAUGCCACAUCCUUGUGUAAGCCGCAGGGAUCACAGCAUGAGAAAAAAGUAGCAGCGCAAUAGUUGAAACCAGAAUUUUGCAUAGCCUGUAUGAAAACGCAAACCUUUGUUCCACAUUAUACUGAAUUAGUUGUAGGUCAGUCAUGAAUUGGGUCAAAUUGUUCCACAAGCUUGGAGGAUUUACUCCAUUACUCCUGAGAGAAUUGUUGCAACCGAGCCCAGUUUGCAGGCUGCCGUGCUCGCUCACGCCAUUUGAGCUUUUUGAGAUAAGGCCAUUGUGAUGGCCUCCCCAAAAAACUGUGUCACCAUCAAGUCAGUUUAUCACCAUUACGGCAGUAUGCUACAACCCUUUGUCCAUUUGGAAGAGCCAUGAGUGGUAAAGCUUUACCUUCCUGACUUAGGUGUUGCAAUAUUUCACCUAAUGUUCUUUCCUCAUGAUGUGCACUAUUUUCUAGUGUGCUCUGGUCUGGCCCAUGAUAAAUCAUAUUUGGGAUGGUGUUCUUUGGUUUUUAAAAGGUCCUUGUUCCUCUAAAUGCAACAAUGGAGAUUCAGACCGAAUAAUUAUAUUAUAUAAUAAUAUGAAGACCACAAGGCAUGUCUCCAAAAACCAAGGUGAUUAAACUAUGUACAUUUACUGUCUUGUUUUAAUCAUUUUUUAGAGGAUAAUAUUUUCUUCCUGGCAGAGUGGCCUUUUAGCACAUGCCUUUCCAGGACAUGUUUCACUGCCGCUCUUUUUUGGGCAUCAGCCAGCUUGCACCAAAGCAGCUCAGGGACACUCCCAUCUCUGUCCUGACUGACUUGAACACGGCACCUUCAGACUUCAGAAAAUUGAAUCCAAGGCUCAAACACAAUUGCGGAAGUCAUUCUUCUUCUGAUAUCCAGUUUUAUUUCGGCUUACCUAUGAUGUCACACAGAGUUGCGGAGUGUGUCUAAAAAUACAUCAAAAGUGUGCCUCAAUUCACUAGAAGCUAUCAGUCAUGUGGGCUUUCCCAAAAUUGUUUUGAAGAGAUGCAGUAACAGUCAAGUAACAUUUGACUGUGAAAACCCCCUGUCUGUCUCGCUUUAUUCUCUCAUUUGACAAAUAAAUUGUGAUUUGGGUGAUCAUGACAGACCUAAAACUAGUUUUAUCUGGUUUAAUAUCGUGGAUAUCAUGAGGUAAAGUGUGUUAUUCCGUGUAUUAGGUUUCAAAUGAAUGUCAAUAAAGGCAAAUCAUAUUUUAUUUGUAAACACUUUGAUCCCAGUGGCGUGCCGUCAAGGGCAGCAAGACCUUCUCCACUAGCAUCACUUUAAGUGAAUAAAUAUGAAUAAAUAAAUGUGUAAAUACAAUUAUUUAGUAUAGAAAGAACUGAAGUUUGUCAUCUUCAUGCCAUAUUUUACCCACCUGAUUGCGUAGUAUUGUUAAUGAUUGCAUGUUUUUAUCCAAUCAUAUUUUUUAAAUGGACAAACGUUGUUGAUUAAUCUUUUAUAAUCUGCUUUUAUUUCUUAGUUUUGGCAACAUCUGUGAGCUUAGUUUCCUACUGUUAUCUGUGAAUGCAAGAUUGUAACUGUUAUUUUAUUUUUUAUGUAUUUAAGUAAAAUUAGAGCAAUAACAGAUAAAAGAUUAUGUAAUGUGUAAAGUGUUACUCUGGAUGUAUUCUAGGCCCAUAGCAUCUGGUCGAUGGUUUAUGAGAUCUAUUAAAUUUGUUUGGAGAAAAUAUGACCUCACUGUAGGCCUAGGCACAAAAUAUGCGGCACGCCACUGUGAUGUUCCACAACUGAAAAACUUUAAAAAAAAAAAAAGUUGAGUUGAUCCUUUAAAUGGUUUUAAAUAACAGUAGUUCAGGGAAAAUAACUACUCGCACUAUUACUCAUUAAUUAGUUUCUGUCUAAAUAGAGGGUAUUGUGUGUCAAUAUUUAUGAAAAUGAAACAAGUCUUUAAAAUUAAUCUGAGGCAGCGUAAUGACUCCACAGUCUUAGAGGGAACGUUGUCAACUUCCUCCAGUCAUUCAAGUAUCCCAGUGCCCCCUCGUCUCUUCUCCAACACUCCUCCCCUUCGGCCCCUCAUCCACUCACCAACUCACCCCCAUGCUUCUUCUCCUCCUGGUCCCCCUCCCUGCCACUCACCUGCACCCAUUUUUACCCCCCUUUGGUUGGGAAUGCCUCCCGCAUCCCUGCAUCUUUCCCUCUUCUUUUGUUUUGAGUAUGAAGAAAGAAGUACCUCAGGACGAGUGGAGUGGCUUUUCUCCUCUGGGAAAAGAGGAUGACAUCCCGUGUCGGAGGAUGCGGAGUGGCAGCUAUGUCAAAGCCAUGGCUGAAGAUGACAGCGGUGACUCUGAAGGAAGUCCAAAACCCUCCCCUAAAAUCCAGGCUAGAAGAGCCAGCUACCUGAAAGCCACUCAACCAUCGUUGACUGAGAUGACAACUCUACAGAUAGCUACAGAACACUCCCCCAAGCUGCAGAUCAGGAGCCACAGUUACUUGCGUGCGGUGAGUGAGGUCUCAAUCAAUAGAAGUCUGGACACCUUGGACCCUAAAACCCUCCUCGACCCCAAAUCGCUGUUGUCCUCUCCUCAAUACCGCUCCCGCAAUGAAAGCUACAUGAGGGCCAUGAGCACCAUCAGCCAGCUCAGUGAGGUAGAGUUGAACGGACAGAUCGAGCAGGUCUGUGAGCAGGUCUACAGUCAACUGCAGUCCCAGGCCAUGGAGGCAGCGAUGGAUAGUAUGGAGACUGUGGACACUCUUCCCAUGCCGGGCUGUUUCAGGAUGAGAAGCCAUAGCUACGUAAGGGCCAUUGACCAGGGCUGUGCUGGAGAUGAGGAAGGAGAAGGAGGGAGACCACUGCUCUUGCUGCCAUCAUCCCCACCUCGCACCUCUGCCACAACCGUCAGGACCAUCCAAAGCAGCACAGUCUCAUCCUGCAUAACCACCUAUAAGAAAACCCCUCCUCCAGUUCCCCCUCGGACUUCCACCUGCUCUACAAGUGCCAAACCAUACAUUUCUAUUACGGCACAGAGCAGCACGGAGUCUGCUCAGGAUGCCUACAUGGAGGAAGAAGGCCAGAGAGGUGACGCAACCAUACAGUCAGGGCUCAGUAACUCAACAGAAAGCAUUGACAGCAUGAAGGCCUUGACUGCUGCAAUUGAAGCAGCAAAUGCUCAGGUGCAUGGACCUGCCAGUCAGCAUGUCAAUAACAGCACGAUGACAGUGAACACACCGAUCCCUAUCCUCACCAGAGGACUUGUUGUUGAUGACCAUCAUGUUGACUACAGAAAUGAAGCAAUGAGGAAGGGAAAAUGUCUCUCUAUUGGAAUCCAGGUGGACGGGCCAGCGGAGGGCCCAGAUACUGAAGACCCAUCAAAGUUCACCUCUGUUGGGGUACAAGUUGAAGAUAACAGAAGGUAUAAUCGGUUCCAGCGUUCCAAUAGUGUGACAGCAGCUGUGCAGGCUGACCUAGACCUGCCAGACCUGCUGGACAUGCCACUUGAUUCGUCCGACACUGACAUGGAAGUGCUGAUGUCCACCGCUCUUUCGCGUCAAUACUCCCGUGAUGCUGCCACCUCCACAGUGAGCAUCCAGGGCUCAGGAAACCACUACCAUGCCUGUGCCUCAGACGAUUAUGAAGACGUUGGCUUCGAUCCAUCCAUCCUCCCCCCUCCUGAUCCUUGGAUAGACAGUGUCACGGACGACCCACUGGACAUUGACUUCAACAGCUCAGCUCUUUUGGAGGUUGUGCAGAAGUCAGUGUGUCAACGGGAUGGCCGCUGGUUCCUGAAGCUUCUGCAGGCUGAGACGGACCGUAUGGAGGGCUGGUGUAGGCAAAUGGAGCUGGACCAACAGGAGAACGCGCUGCCCGAAGAAGUUCUUGGGAAGAUGAGGAGUGCAAUGGGAAGUGCACAGCUACUGAUGUCCCAGAAGUUUCAGCAGUUUCGAUUAUUAUGUGAGGAGAACCUGAAUCCAAAAGCCCAUCCCCGUCCUGUGGCCUCAGACUUGGCUGGCUUUUGGGACAUGCUACAGCUGUCAAUCGAGAACAUCAGCCUCAAGUUUGAUGAGUUACACCAGCUCAGGGCCAACAACUGGAGAGCCCUGGACCCUCCGGAGAGAAAGGAAAGGCGGCUUCCUCCUCCAGUGCCAAAGAAGCCAUCAAAGGGUCCUCACCAGCACCCCCCUCUGGCCAGAGAUCGCUCAUUGGAGAGUUCGGAGAAGCAAAGACAGGAGGCCAGGAAGCGUCUGAUGGCUGCCAAGAGAGCUGCCUCGGUCCGUCAAAACUCUGCCACUGAGAGUGCAGACAGCAUCGAGAUCUACAUCCCAGAGGCUCAGACUAGACUAUGAGGAGGCGUCCCCUAAAAAAUGAACACCAACCAGAGCUGUUCAAACCUACUUGGACCUGGGUGAACUAGAUAUGUACAAAACUAUUUGUUUAAUAUUUAUGUUUGUUUUUUUUCUUUUUGGUGGAGCCACUCAUUCCCUAAAUUUACAUUGAGUUUUAACUUUGCAGAACAGUAAUUUUAAAUUUUGGUUCUUUGCAUUUGAAGUGCAAUCAGCCUCAUGCUGAACAUUGUUUUAGUUUUUUGGGUUUUUUUGCUGCUGCUUUACAUGCAGCUAUAUUAAUUUCUCAGUGAUGAAGCAAGUGAGUCCUCAGUUUGCUGAAAACAACAACAUUAUGUCAUGGUCAUGAGGAUGGGAGGAAUGCACUGAAAUGUUUUUAUAUCAAGCAACUCUUAAUAUAUCUAAAUAAAAAGUUAAAUUCAGAAUUUCCCUCCGACGGUUGACAGGGCAAGACAGCCUCCUCCACCUUCAUCUGUCCAGGGCAUCCUCCCUGGUCAGACCUACCAUCUUCAUUUCCUUAUUCCCUGCAUCCUUGGACCUCAUUGGUUGUUUUCCUCUGCUUCUUUCACCUGGUUUGUUCAACACUCAUGUUCCCAGUCCUCCAUGUGUCCAUCUUAGUUUGUCCUCCUUGACAUUGUCUCAAAAAUGUUUUCUGCCAUAGUAUGUCAUCAGCGAGAAUUCCUGACACAGUGUUGUCAACCCGAUGGGGUUUCAAGAAACAGUCUCCUGAUUUUUCAGAGGCCACCAGAUGGCACUGUCUGCUGUAAAAUGUUUGGACUGGAACAACUCAUUCAAUGAAACCUCACAUCAUUUCUAAACCAAGAGUGCCAUCUAGUGGCCUGUGAAAAUGACAAUGUUUUUUCAACCCUGCAAUUCUGUUUCACUGUACCUCAUUGACCCAGCAAUAGCCAACAGAAGGGGCUGGGAGCUGAACCCUGAUGUAGCCCAACUCAUCACUCCCACAGCUCACCUCACUACUGUCUCACUGACCUGAAACAUGUCCUGCAACCUCUUUAUAUAGUUCAGCAACUCAAAUAAUUAGAACUCGGUUUACUUGAUGCUUCUCUCUGAUGCUUAGAGCACCAGAGAUUUGGCUUGAGCACCAUAGGAAUUUCCUCUGACAAUCUACUGACAAUGACUUUCUGUGUGACCAAAUACAAAAUCUAUUGCAUUUCACUGACAUGACUUUUUAAUUCAACUCACCUGUUUCCCAAACAAGCCUCACAGUCCGGAAAACCACAAAUCACCAGAGACAGAUCACGGAGGACCCGGAAUCUUGUAAUGAAUAUAAAUAUAUAUUUUUGCCUUAUUAUAGGAGAUUUGGAAUAAGCCAUGGUAGUAUAAGUACAAGUAAUUUUUGAAUAAAUUGAUUGCAAAAUACGAGCAAAUGCAUUAUGCAAUGCAUCUAGUUGUUGAUAGGAAAAGAAAAUUCUGAACUGUCAGUCACACAAUGACAAAUAGCAUUUGUAUUCUGGCAGUUUGUCAAUGAAGAAAAUGCCUAUUGGGAUUAUUGGGGAAACAGCAAUGAUAACACCGUCCAUCUAUCGCCUAUAUUAUCCUUAAAAUGUUGCAUGGGUAGUAUUUUAAGCAAGUAAUAAAGAAGCCAUUUCGAUCCAUAUGGAGAUUAUUAUUCAUAUGCAUUGCACAGACCAACAGAUGGGCCUUCUGAUUAUGAGUUGACUAUUGUUUCUCCAGUAUUAUUAUUAUUAUUAUUUAUUACCAUGUCAGCAUAAUUCAAAACUAAAAGGAAGUACAUAUAUUUAACCACUUUCCAUUGUGGAGGUCAAACUUUCAAAUUUAAUCGGUACACUGUUUAUUCUGUGUGUGCCAAGACGAGUCACAGCAGAAGCCAUUUCUUUCUUUAUUUGUUACCUUUUUGAAUUGACCUGCUUAUGUAAUAGUUCCUUUUUAAACUUUAACUGUUCAACUGAAAGGCUGAUGUGAAAGCGAUUAUAGUGAAUUUAGUUAACAUAUUUUGCUUUGUAUGUGCGUGUGUAUACCUGGUUUAGCUAUUUUUGUGGGGACCAAUUCUUGUAAACACACCAACUUGUGAGGACAUUUGCUUUGUGGAGACAUUUUUGCUGGUACCCGCCUCAAUUUGAUGGAUUUAAUCUUUAAAAUAACAAGGUCAUCAUAAUUGGGUUUAAGUUUAGUUAAGGUUGUUUUGGAUGUUUAGCUUUAUGGAGAGCGGCUGGGGAAGCAUGAUAGCAAUGAGCGGACCCCACAAAGAUAGCGGUUUGUGUGUGUGUGUUUUGCGGAAGGUACCACCUUCAGUAAAGAUUACCUCUGUGUUCUAUUGAUCACAACAGUGAGCCAUAUUAAAUGUGAAAUGAUGUAUGUGCGCGCAUGUGCGUGCAUGUGCGCGCAUGUGCGUGCAUGUGUACGCUCUUUACUUGCUGUUGUAGUAGCAAGAAGUGUCACUUUUUUAGUCAUUUUGAUGAUCAAAAUAUGUUAUUGACUCUAUAUAGAAUUUUAACUGAAAUAAAUAUUUGGAAAGUAAAAAAAAGGAUCUUGUAAAACCAUUCUGACAAUCUUGUAUUUCGGCAAGGCGUGUGAGUGCACGUGUACACGUGUGUACGUGUGUCUCAUGACGGUGCUUCCUGAGUUUGUGUUUCUCCACAUCAAGCCUCUUAUCUGUUCAGUAGACACAUAGAGACAUUGUGUCCAUCUGCUUCUGCACAAAUUAUUGUGCCACUGAUUUGUGUUUGUAAGUGUAAUGGUUUCCUGGUGCAUGCUGACAAAUUAUUAGCAUCAAAUUUAAUCUAGGUUACUAUGCUAUCAAUCAUAUAUUUAUUUUUCAUUUAUUUCCAAGAUUUUUUUUUCCAGUGACCUGUCAUGCUCUGAUCUUCUGUUUUAUUGUAGAGGUGAUUACAUGUUUAUAUCUAUUGGCACACUGUAUAUUA